AGGCACUACAGAACUGAUGAGCAUAUAAGAAGGUGGAUCCGACGUAUUGCAGCACUUCCUCUAGUACCACCAGAGGAAGUAAGUAACGCCUACCUUUUGAUAAAACAGGAGGAUCCGUCCCAAUAUGUGCCUCAAGCAAUUGACAUGUACACGUAUUUGGAUAAGACAUACUUGAACGAGGUGGACGUCCUGUUUGAAAAAAAAAUUUGGAAUCAUUUCCAUAGUGGGAAUGAGAGAACCACAAAUCACGUGGAAGGGUGGCAUUCUAAAUUGAACAGAAGAACCCAAACCCACCACCUAGAUAUUUUUUCUAUGAUUACUUUACUGAAAGAAAUCCAGGUGGAAGAUCAAGGGAAGAGAAAUAUGCUUAUUGCAGGUCGAGCAACCCCCCAGAAGCAGCGAGCAGCAUACAAAAUACUAAAUGAACGACUCAGUGGUCUCAAAGAAGAGUUUACGAGAGGGACACGGACCCUGCCAGCUUAUAUAGAUGCUGUAUCACAUGUAACAACAUUGAAAGGUGUUGAAUGUUGAAUCUGCAUGGAAAUUUUUGUACAUAUAUAUAUAUAUAUAAAUUAAAUGAAAAUAUAGAUUUUAAAUGAUUUUUUUUAUGUUUUGUUGAAACUAAAUGAACUUUUU